AUGAUCAACUUUUCCAGACUCAUAGACUCGCUGGACUUUGACGUCGUAAUUUUCGAUACGGCACCAACAGGACACACGCUCCGACUUCUGCAGUUCCCCACAUUGCUCGAAAAAGCCUUCGGAAAGAUUCUUUCGCUGCAAAACACCUUCGGACCUAUGAUUUCUCAAGUUUUCGUCAUGCUCAUGUAUCAGUUUUGAUUCUGCUGGUUUUAGUUUUCCGGUCUGUUUGGAAUGGGCGGAAAUUCGAUGGGAGACAUGAUGGAAAAGCUGACGUCGACUCUAGAUAUGGUCAAGAAAAUGAAUGCGCAGUUCAAGGAUCCUGUAUGGUUUCCGAUAAGUAAAAAGAUUAGAAAAUUGAAAGACUUUUUGUAAAAAAAAAUUUGAAAAUUUUCAAAUUAAAGAUUAAUGGAUUCAUUAAUGGAUAGAACUUUGAGGAUUCGUUGAAUCGAAAAGGAAAAGCCUGAAAAUUUAUGAAAUAGUCGAGGAAAAUAAUGUGAACUUACUGUACCUACAGCUUUUUUCGAGAUUUGUUUUUGGGAAAACGCGCAUUUUAUUCCGUGAGAAACUCGAAAAAAUGAAGAUCCGGUGGUAUGAAAAAAGAAUCAGCGAAGUUUCAAACGGCGACUUUUCCGAUUUUUUCGUAUCGCUAGGGAACUUUCCGACGGCCAUCUUUCCGAAGAAUCUUUUUCCGACUUUUUUCCCUUAUAUUUUUCGGUUUAUAAAACAUCUUUUUACCUUUUUACCUAUUUCUUUGUGUUUUAAUCAUGAAUAAACGACCUACUUCAUAUAGGAAGUUUCAAAACUAAAAGUUCAUCGAGAAAAAAAAGUCGGAAAAAGAUUCGGCGGAAAGGUGGCCGUCGGAAAGUUCCCUAGCGAUAUGAAAAAAUCGGAAAAGUCGCCGUUUGAAAUUUCGCUGAUAAUUUUUUCAUACCACCGAAGAUCCAAGCUUUCCUUGACUUUCUGUGUCCAUGAUUUCGUUCAUUCGAUCAACAUCUCACUUAUAGGAUGUGACGACAUUCGUUUGCGUUUGUAUAGCUGAGUUCCUAUCUCUUUAUGAAACGGAGAGGUUGAUUCAGGAGUUGACGAAACAGGUAAUUUCCUGAGUUUCAAUCUCCUUCAAUAAUGUUGCAUUACAGAAUAUCGACACUCAUAAUAUCAUUGUGAAUCAGUUGCUGAUCCCUGAUAAGGUAGGCCUCUCUUAAGUAAAUUGAAAAUUCUCUCUGAAGAUUCGAGCGGUAAAAUGAUAGUUUAGGAUGCCGAUGGUCAUGUGAAAUGCAAAAAAUGCAGCUCGCGAGCGUCCAUUCAAGCCAAAUAUCUUGUUGAGAUCGACGAACUUUAUGAAGACUUUCAUGUUAUAAAAUUACCUAUUCUUGAGACGGAGGUUCGAGCCAGACAUUUUUUUUUUUGGUUCAAUAAAAGUUUUCAGGUUCGGGGGUCCGCGAAGAUUAAAGAGUUCAGCGAGAGACUAGUGAACCCCAAAUUGAACGACCAAUAA